AUGAGCGAUACUGCAACAACGCGAAGUGGCUUAACAAGUGGCUUGCCAACACCGACUCCAUGGGAACAACAAUCCAACCGUCGCCCCCCUAGUGACAAUGGGAGCCGAUUUAAUAAUCGGGAUCCGUCAUUAUUGAAUCGGGAUCCGUCAUUUUCAAACCGCCGCGACAGUCGCGAUACUAGUAGCCAACGUGAGCGUGUCGAGCGACUCACUACAAACUCACAACCCCGCCAACCACACUCGCGAAAUGGUAGUGCAGCCGGCUCCUCGGGCGAAUAUAACGAGGGCCAACAUACCAGUAGCGGGAGACGUCACGACUAUGAUGUGCAAGCCAUGGAAUCAGAUCUCAGCCCUCGUCCGGGUGUCACCAAGAAUCCAAUCCCCGCCCCAAUCGUCACUGUCCGCAGCGAAUUCCCCACUAUGAACCGGUCUCGCCAGCAACAAUCACUUACUUGCUUGAUUACCGUGGAAGUACCAGAAGGAAAUUGGCGUCCUAAUGCCGACGAUUUACGACAUGGCCCAACAACCCAGGAGCAAAUGGAUGAGCCAUUCUCAGCACGGUUCGGAGGUUCUCAGGAUUCCCGUUCAAUUCAGCAAGAGCCAGCAGAGAAUUUGGAUGAUGUUGCCGAGGAGCUGAGGAAUCGAGUGGACAACUGGCAUGGUCUGGAAUUCAAUCGGUUUGGCAAAUUGCGACUGCAUGGAAACAUGCGCGUUGGAAAGGACCGGGAAUCGUGGCAAGAGUUGGAAUGCUACUUGUUUGCGGAGAUGCUCAUCUGUGUUAAGGAAAAGAAGGCCACCCAAUCAAACCAAUACGAAGAUCCAGAUAGGCGCAAACGAUCUCGUUGCACGUUGAAGGGUUCGAUAUUGAUCAAAAAGCACCUGAAGUCUCUGGAGGCAGGUGUCGAUGAACCCGUUCUCUCUUUGAACCUUUCUGUUAGCGAGCUUCCUUACUUCUAUCUGCGUUUCCAGUCUCGCCAGCAGUUGGAGAUGUGGCGCCGAGCCCUGAUGGAUUUACAUCCCGUGGAGAAUAUCUCACGCGCCAACGACUACGACCUGGAAAAUUCGGGUGCCGAGGAGGAUGAUUAUCGCAACAGCCGUGUUCAACGUCAGGCCUCAAUCAACUCGUCCUACGGAGCGGGCAAGUCAAGUAACACCGCCAUGACCGACUACAGCAAUCCCGAGACAGAAAAGCCUUCACUCGACUCAUUCCACGUUCCUAUUGAUAUUGUCGUGGUGAUUCCAGUUUCCUCGUCUAUGCAAGGCCUCAAGAUUACUUUGCUGCGCGACGCUCUGAAGUUCCUCGUCAUGAAUCUAGGCUCUCGGGACCGUAUGGGCUUGGUCACCUUUGGUUCAAGUGGCGGUGGAGUGCCUCUGGUGGGAAUGACCACCAAGAACUGGACUGGAUGGAAUAAGAUUCUCGACUCAAUUCGACCAGUUGGUCAGAAGAGUCUCCGCGCUGAUGUUGUCGAGGGUGCGAAUGUUGCGAUGGAUCUUUUGAUGCAGCGCAAGUUUACCAACCCCGUUUCAACCAUUCUUUUGAUCAGCGACUCUUCUACUGCAGACCCUGAAAGUGUUGAUUUCGUCGUAUCUCGCGCUGAGGCUGCCAAGGUCAGCCUUCACUCAUUUGGAUUGGGCCUGACCCACAAGCCGGAUACAAUAAUUGAGCUUUCCACUCGAACCAAGGGUUCUUAUUUAUACGUCAAGGACUGGAUGAUGCUGCGGGAAUGUGUUGCUGGAUGUCUCGGUGCUUUGCAGACAACGUCUCAUCAAAAUGUCAAGCUGAAGCUUCAUCUGCCUGAAGGCUCUCCUGCAAAGUUCGUUAAGAUCAGUGGAGCACUUCAUACUACCAAACGCGCUACCGGUAGGGAUGCGGAAGCCGCCCUGGGAGACCUUAGAUUUGGCGAUAAGCGCGACGUCUUAGUGCAGCUUGUAAUCUCACCUGACAAUGCCACACAGGAUAAUAUGCCCCAGGAUCCAUGGGAGAGCUUGGUUUCAGGUCUGGAGGCUUUGGGCGGUGGUCUUGACGGAGAUGAGCAACGUGUGCUUAGCGUGGAAGAGGUGCCAUUGAUCCAAGCUGAUCUGACCUAUGGUGAUCUUCUGCGUGAUGGUCAUCUUACCCACUCUCCUCGUCCUUCCCUCCUUGCUAUUACUAUGCUUCCACCGAACCCCAAGGCUAAGAACCAACGGCCCAUGACUCCUCCAAUUCCUCCUCAUCCUUCAAUUGUCCAGCGCCGUAUGGAGCUUCUCACUUCCGAUAUGUUGACCCGUGCCCUCACUCUCGUUUCUCGUGGCCAACAUGACCGUGGUCAGCAUCUCUUGAAUGAAACCAGAAGUAUCCUCAAGGGACUUGGUAAGGGUGGUCUACCACCUCUUCCUCCGGCCGCAUCCCGGCCCUCUGGUACCAGUGAUUCAGGCAGUCGCGGAGAUACCCCGAACUCCAGUUCCCCUAAAUCCUCCACCUUUGCAGACAGCCAAAUGUCAGCAUCAUCCGAUGCCGCUACCAUCACACCAGCAUCUUCGGUUGACUCCCACACAAUGACCGCCCUCAACGCUGAUCUCGACUCAGCGCUGGAAUGGAUCAACCACCCAGCUGUCUUUGGUCGCGAUUCUCGCAAGGCCGUUUUACAGAGCAUCGGCGUCAUCUCCUCACAACGUGCCUACACCUACCGCACACCCUCUGAAGCCCAUUGGGCCCAGCGGAUUUCUGGUGUCCGCCGGUUAACAGACCGAUCCAAAGGCUGGCGUGAAAUGGGUGACGAUGCGUUGACCGAAGAGUAA